UGUUUACCGUACCGUCGUGAAAUUCAAGGCACUGUCAUCACCAUGUGGUGACGAUACUUUCUUCUGUGUAUGAAACGCGGUGUAUCUAGCUAUCCAACAUCUAGCUUUCGGAGGGUUUCCGAAGGAGGAAUUGGUCGAUACACGUUGCCGUCGCGAACUGUUACGGAGGAGCGCCAUCGCGAGAGGAAGAAGCCGUGGAACCCUGUGUUAUUGUUUACGAGCUGGUCGUGCUGCAUCGUACGCAGAGGAGCGACACGUGGUGGUGACAGCAUGGAUAUGGCAAUGUGCAUCGUGGAGAACGAGACGGAGGGAUCUCGCGGUGAUCGGAAAGAGGGGGGCAAAAGGGGACGCAAGCCUGGAAGGAAGGCGGCGGAGAAGAGCGAUAUGAAAGCUAAGCUCGAACGAAGCCGGCAGAGUGCGAGGGAGUGCCGUGCUCGGAAGAAGCUGAGAUAUCAGUACCUGGAGGAGCUCGUAGCAGACAGAGAGAAGGCGGUACUCGCUUUGCGGAAGGAGCUCGAAAUGUAUCGUCAGUGGGGACACGAAUUAGACGCCGGGCGAUUCCCCGAAGGACUGCAAGCAAUGUUGGAGGAACAGGGCGCACUGAAGCAGGAGGAAUCCGGCAACUAAGCGGCGGAAAGCGAGGAAUAAGGAAGUCACGCGGAUCGUGCAGUUUCAUUUAUCUUGUUCCGCGAUCUGAUCCUCCUCUUCCCCUCUUCCCCCCUCUCUCUCGUCGUAGUCCGGUUACGUUCCAUCUUUUCCCUCCUUCUCGGUCUCUCUUCUCAUCAUACGUUGUUCCUACAAAGACGAAUAUUCGACUGUUGGAUUCUAAACUCGCCAUCUCCUUCACUUCACGUCGACACUCGGUCUCUCGCAAGAUUCUCGAGGACAGGAUCUCGCAUCGUUUCUUUGGGAAUUCAGCUCCAUUUGCGUUUUGCCUCUAGUAGUCGUUAAUUUUCAUACUCGUUAGUUUCCGUUUCUUCUCGUACGUGCGUUUUGUUAUCACGAGUCGUUACGUUGAUCUAUAUUUGUUUUAUCGUCGUUGCUUGGAGAACCUCAGUGAGACGGGAGCGAUUAACCGGUCGGCAGGUUAAUUUCAUAGCUGUCCAGUCUCGUACGGCUCGACGACACGUUGUACCUCCAUUGCACGAUUAUUGUGGUGCAAGAAGAAAGUAACUGUAUAUAUAUAAAUGUACAUAUAUAUCACUGUUACGCGCCUCGAAAGAGAACGAUCGUUAUAUAUCAUAGAGUCUAUGUUUUCAGUAUUGUCUGUUCGGAAAGCGUCGUUGCGGGAGCUUCUCGUUAACCAUUUGCUGAUUCGUUUCAAAUUUACCGACACACGGUACUCCUAUAGAACGUAGAGGGAUCAAUGUUUUGUAUGAACCAUCAUCGGAAUAGUUUAUUCGUACGUGUAUAUAGAAUAGCCGAAUAUAAAACCGAUAUUUUUUGAUGAA